AAUGCUUAUGUAUUUCUUUGUGAUCCGUGUCAGUCUUUGGCAGCUUCAGCUGUUCAAAGAAUUUUCUUUGACGUUACUUGAUUUCGAUGUUUCAUAGAUUCCUUCAUAUUUUAUUCGAUGAGUCAUUUUUUUCUCUAAGGAAAUAACGAAGCUCUUCAUCAUGGUGCUAAACGAAGUUGGCAAAUUCCUUCUCGAAUUGGAGAAAGCCGAAUUAGAGGUUAGCGCAAUUGUGUGUCCAAUUUAUUAAUAGGCACCUGCUGGAGUUGCGUCGGCACAAACUUAUGCUCAACUAUUGGCUAUGUAUCUUUACCAGAAUGAUUUAUGCAACGCAAAGUGCUUGUGGAAACGAAUACCGUCGAAUCUGAAGGAUGCUAAUUCGGAAUUGGGCCGAAUAUGGGCGGUAGGGAAACACAUGUGGCAACGGGACUGGCCCGCGGUGCACGUAGCUCUCAACGCGGAUUGGAGCGAGGACGUUUCCGGGAUCAUGACUGCUCUGAAAGAUAGCGUUCGCGAGCAAGCGAUGACGCUGAUAUCCAAGGCUUACUCGUCGUUAGGUUUGACGGUGCUCGCAGCGAUGACGGGUCUUGCAUUGGAAGAGGCUCAACAGGCGGCGAUGGAAAGGGGCUGGAGCAUAGACGGGUCGAUGGUCCAACCGGUUAAAAUCGACAAGGAACAAUGCAUCUUUACCAACGAGAUCUGCCUGACGGAGGAUCAACUGAAAAAGCUCACGCAAUUUGUCUCCUUCUUGGAGAAUUAACCAAGUGCCGAACUAACGUGAAAGAGAGAGAAUCGAUCCUUUCGGUACUUUAAAGCCUUUAGCUUUUACAGCGUAAUCGUAUUACAUAAACGAGGAAGUGCGCGUCAAAGGAACACAACGCGUCAAAAUAUCUCCGUACCUUCAUCCUUUAGAAAUAUUAUGUCACCGUAUCUACCCACGCUGUCGAUGUUCGUUCGAUCGGAAGAACGUGCACGGUGUCGAACGUGCGAAGAAGCUCUUUGAGUUCGAUCACGAUCGAUCGACCAUCGUCCACGAUAGUGACACUUUUUUUGUGCGAAAUCGACUCUCGAGUGUUUUUUCUUUCCUUUUAUUUUCUUUUUCUUUCUUGUUUUUCCUUUUUUCCCUUUAUUCUUUUCUCCUCCUUUCCCGUCGAAAGAAAGAGCAAUAAAAGUAUCGCGAAACGUAAAUAUACCCAAUUCCUCUCUA